GUUCAUUAGAACAGUCGUGUUUUGUUGGUCGGGUUCCGUAAUAGACAUUAGGUAUGUCAACUAAGGUCUGUGGGGAGCUGGUACUUUUGUGCUUUGUGAGCUUGUGCUGCUGCAAAUUUGAACCUGGAGAAGUGCUCCUGGUCAUCGCCUGUCCACCCCUUCCCCUCGAAGCUAAAGAUGAGUGCUUAGCAUUGGCAGACAGCGUGCGUGAGCAGCGUAGGAAACUGGAACUGGCGGGGAUCUUCCCCGGGGACUAUGUCUUAAAGGUCCAUGUGAUGCACGAGCUUUUCAACUACUGGACCAUGCUAGACGCACUUCCACAUUUGAGAGGCCAGACACGUCUAUUAGGACCUCGCACGGAAUGGAUUAUAUGGUGUCAACACAACACGCGUUUGACCUCGCUGCGCGGCCUGCUCGAGCAGCUGAGUCGCCAAAACCCCAGGGAGCUCUCCUUUUACGGUCACGCCCUGUACGAUUCGGAGGCCACCAUUAUACACCAUUUCUUGAGUUACAAGGACCGCUUUCCCUAUCCCAUGUUUAGCGCCGGAGUUAUCUUCACAGGUGUUAUGCUGCGCAGAAUGGUGGAACUUGUUGUUCAUAAUGCCCAUAACAUCACCCUUAAUAGCGACUUUUCCAUUGAUGCCUCUCAUGAGCUGGCGCGCUUUAUUUACGAUAACGUAUCGCCCAACCCGCAAGAACGCACACCGAUGUCUGGGAAAAUACUUCUAAAAAGUGCCAGCUACAUUUGCCCGACCGCUGCAGCAGUGCAAGGCCCGGAGAUCCCAAACAGAGGACCCUGUUGUUUACUGCAUGCACAGCCAGAGGAGCCAUCUGUUGGCCUGCUACCGGCUUCGGAGCACAGGAAGGAGCGUUGUGUGUACACGUCAGGAUCGAACAUAUAUUUCGCAAUCAAAACCUGUGCGAAAUUCCAUAAGGAACGCAUAGCAAUCAUCGAACGCACCUGGGCAACCGAAGCCUGGAACAGAAGAUACUACAGCGAUGUGGCAGACGUCGGCAUACCGACAAUCAGCACUGGGAUACCGAAUGUGCAGUCAGGACAUUGUGCCAAGACAUUGGCAAUUUUACAAUUAUCCCUCAAGGAUAUCGGUGAACAAAUGGGCAUACGCUGGCUCAUGCUUGUCGACGAUGAUACGCUGCUGAGUGUGUCCCGACUGAGCGGCGUGCUGAGCUGUCACAACCAUACGGAUCUCAUGUAUCUGGGCCAGCGCUAUGGCUUCCGGCUGCAUGCCCCAGACGGCUUCAAUUAUCACACGGGAGGGGCCGGCAUCGUGUUCAGCCUGCCCCUGGUGAAACUCAUCGUGGAACGCUGCAGUUGUCCCAGUGCCAGCGCCCCCGACGAUAUGAUCCUGGGCUACUGCCUCCAAGCACUCGGUGUGGCGGCCGUGCCGGUUGCUGGCAUGCACCAGGCCCGUCCCCAGGACUACGCCAGCGAGCUACUGCAUCUGCAUCCGCCCGUAUCAUUCCACAAGUUUUGGAACACGGACCCAGGGCACACCUACCACUGGUGGCUGGGAGGAAGCUUGCUCAAUCGGAGUGUCCCGCUCGCGGCGCUCAAGGAACAGACUGCUGCUGCUCAACUGCACCUGCUUGAAGGACUUCCCCGGCUCGGCGAUGUCGGAUUCCUACAAGAGUCGGGGUUGGAGGCUGCGGGAAAACAUUUGGAUCUUUAAACAGCUCAGGUGAGUGCUAACGAAAAAAAAACGGUUGCCAGAGUCAGUUAAACAGAAGUUGGCGGGGAAACCCUAAAACCAAUCUACAGACUUCAACCGAGUGCCAAGCACACAAAUUCUCAUUUUCUGUAGACCAAAAAAUAAAAAGUCUGCGGCAUCAGCAUUCGGAGGGGUCUACUUAUAGCUGUGUCUGUGUUGCGGCUUUCGUGUCAGUUUAAUUAGUGAAAAUGCUCAAAUGUGGCUGUAACUUUCGUUGAUGUUGCUUGCAUUUAUUUUGUUGACACGGAUUUGAAGCCGUCAAAGACAGCUCAGAAACUUGCACUUAAAAGCGGAAUUAUUGAGAAUUAUUAUUAUUGAGAUAGCGAAGCUUGAAGUCGUUUAAAAAUAACGUGAAUAUUUAGACUUCGAUAUCAAAU